ACUCCGCAUGAACUCAUUCACCAGACGCGCUGUGGAGCCGCGUAUCCCGUCAUGCGUCUCUCUCACCUCUGAGAUGCGCAUAUCUUAUCACCCAAUUGCAUCAUAGCAGCUGUAUACAUACUCCACAUACGCUACCGGAACAACGGGCUGCUGCGCUUCCCAUUCCCCAUUCCCCAUCUCCUCACCAACCGCAAACCUCCGGCAAGCGCCUUCCGCCAUGCGAUUCCGUUGAAAUGUUCGUCGUCGCUGGACACCGAAUACUCAGACAUCCCUUCUACAAGCGAUGUCGCUCACUCCAUCUAACUCCCGGAUGAUGAGCCCUGCCUGGGGCGGCAGCAUCAAGCUCACGCCCUCCCCGUCGCCGUUCCUCAAGAGCACGCCGCUGCGCUCGCCGAUCAAGCCGCACCGCGCCGAAGCAAGCCUCGCUCUCCGCCAGGUCAUUGGAACCACGGCGAGCUCUGCCAAUGCCUUCGACAGCCUCUCGUCUGGUUGCUCCUUCGCCUUCACCGCCGGGGCCGCGGCAGUCCUCGCGACCGUCGACGACCAACACCAUGUCUCGCAGCGCUUCUACCGCGCCCGCCCUACGACGAACCCGAUCAACCCUUCCGCAUCUGUGUACGGUGGCCCCUCUACACCUACCCAGAACGAGAGCAGGAAUCGCACGGCUGCUUCGUUGCGCGACGCCGGCAUAGGCGCAUCGCCGCUUGCGUCCCCGGCUAACGAUUGGAGCGACUCUCCCGGGAAUAAGACUUGGACAGCGCGAGAGAGGAUCAAGGCUGCGACUUGCGUAUCCUUCAGCCCCGACGGGAAAUUCUUGGCCGUUGGAGAGACCGGAUACAAACCGCGAGUGCUCAUUUUCUCCACCGCUCCCGAUGCACCCUCGGACACGCCUCUGACUUCACUAACCGACCAUACCUUUGGCGUCAAGUGCCUUGCUUUUAGCCCUGACUCUCAGUAUCUGGCUAGCCUAGGUUCCUCUAACGAUGGCUUUCUAUACGUUUGGAACAUCAACUCCCGGACAGGAGCUGCCACGCUGCACUCCAGCAACAAAUGCACAAGCAACAUCAACCGGAUAGCUUGGAUGGCAAACAACCUUAUCACCGUGGGAACCAGACAUGUCAAAGUCUGGAGAAUAGAAGAUCCAAACUCAACACCUAGGCUCUCGAAAGCCCGACAGAGCGACGUUUCUUUCCUCUCAAGUAGCACACACAAGACUUUGCCAGGCAGGAAUUGUCUCCUCGAAAGUCUGCUCGAAGCCAAUUUCACGAGCGUGGUGGCUGUGGCUCCCUCCAAAGCCAUCGUAGCCUCCGACAAAGGCGACGUCUGCCUGAUUGACGAUAGCGACGGAACGCAGCGGUUUUCCAAAGUUGCCGAGGCCGGCGUCGCAGUGACCUCGAUGGCGAUUGACUCAAAAGGACGCCUCCACCUAGCUAGCAGCCAGGGCGGUCUGAAAACGUUGAACAUAAAAGAGACGAUCGGAUCACUCACUCCCCCGCCAUCACCACCACCCCGAGUAGAAUCUCCCACGAUCACCUUGACGGCGGACUCGUGUAAGAUUGAGGCAGUUGCUUCGCUGCUCAACUACAUCGUCACGGUAGACUCACAUCAUUCCAUUCGCCUAUCGCAUCUACGAGCUUCAGACGACGAGUCUCUCAUUGGCGACGUGGUCGAAAGGUUGCCGGCACACGGUGAUUCAGUGCUCGGAGUGGCUGCCCUCGCGCGGCCAAAUUCUGCUGAUGCCUCCUUUUGCACUUGGUCGUCCAGCGGCUCAGUCUUGUUCUGGAGCAGAGAAGGCAUAUGCAAGGAAUCUCUGCAGGUGCCUCUAGAACAGUUAGACGGAUCUGACGUCGAUACGAAUGAGUUGAGGACUGUGAAAGCUUCUUCAGAUGCGAGCUUCCUCGUAACUGGGGACAAGUAUGGCGUCCUUAGAAUCAUGGAUCGCCAAUCAAAAGCAAGCGCAUUGGAUUUCAAAGCUCACGCAAAUGAGAUUACGGGUAUAGACAUUUUCGAAUCGAAAGAGCAGGCAUACAUCACCACCAGCGCGAGGGAUCGCAUGGUCCAAAUUUUCAAGAGGAAAGACAACACGUGGGAUUUAAUGCAGACCCUGGACGAGCACGUGGGCGCGGUGACCGGGAUCCUUUUCUCAAGAAAUGGGACUCGCCUCGUAUCGUUCAGCUCGGAUCGCACUCUGGUAGUCCGCGAGCUUGUAUCCCGCGAAGGGGAGGGUGAAACGAUGAGUGCUUUCUUGAUCUUGCGAACAAUCGUUCUCAAGACGACACCCGUCUCCAUGGCCUGGGAUGUGGACCAAGACGACGUCCUUCUAGUCUCGACAAUCGAUAGGCAGGUGCACAAAUAUGACGUGCGAAACGGUCAAUGCCUCAGCAGCUUCCGCGCUUCCGACACUGAGGGCGGCGAUGCCGUCGUUUUAUCUUCAUUGGUCCAUAUACCGCGUACUUGGGGCUCGCCUUUGAUUGGAGGUGUAUCCAGCACCGACAAAUCGAUCCGACUGUACGAGGAAAGUGGAAUCCUCGUAGCCCGCGAUUGGGGUCACACCGAAGGAGUAACAAGCAUUGCCCUCGUGAAGACAGAUAGCUCAGCGGAUGAUGAUUGCACCGAGAAGUCUUUGGUCACUGUGGCGGUAGAUGGGACGAUUUUCGUAUGGGGCCUCAUGCUUCAAUCUCCGAACCGGCAAGACAUGUCGAAGUCUAUGGAUUUACUAGGACCGAGCACGCCGAUGAAUCAGGAUCUGUUAGCAAGCAGGCCCCCAUUGCGACGUGUUUUUUCUCAGUCCGAGCUGGCUCGAUUCCAGCGCUCGCCGGAGGAAGAUCAGGCGACACCCACGGGAAGUCGAUCGCCAAAGCUGCGGAAGAGACUGUCCAAGUUCUCAUUAGCCCAGACCCCGAAGCUCGACCCUUCACCCAUACCCAGCAUACCACGGGACCGCACGGGAGGUACUUUGCGCAGAUCCAAUCGCAAUCGUUCACCGUCCCCCCCAAGCCCUCGCAAUCCUCAGGUUGCAAAAAGGCGUUCGUCCGUUGAUGUUCGACUUCGUGCCAAAGCUCCAGCGAAUGAGUUUGGAAGUCUUGGUGCUUCGACCGAGAGCUUAUGCCGCACACUGCGCGCUUAUCGGAAGCGGCUCUCCAACAGCAACGACGGCCUCAGCACAGACGUGGUCCGCGAAGUAGAGCGCGAGCUCGCUUUGACAGCGCGGGCGGUAGGCGAAAAGGCCAAGUCAAACGACUCUUUGAACGAGACGGUGAUGGUCAAGCUGCUGGAUCAGUACUCGGAGCGACUGGUCAGCAUAUUAGACGAGAAGCUUGCUGCGAGCGUUGCUCUUCGGGUUAGAGAGAAUAGCGAGAGCGGCACGUCGGGUGGCGUAGCCACUCCGGCGAUAGAAGAAGAAGAAGAAGAAACAGAGAAAGACAGGAGAAGAGAAGGUGACCGAGGAACGGAGGAGUCCACGGCCAGCACUGCUGAUUCUUCAGUGGUUACCGAUGAACAGGCGUCUCAAGGAUAAUGGAGACCCAGGACAGGCGUUUACAGGACGUCGGAAGGCAUCAUUUCAGGGGUACGUGGCGUUUAGGAUGCUCUCAGGAGUUUAACUCCGGGCAAGGUGGUCUCUGGCGCAAAAGAUGCGCGGUCUGGCUCACGCACUUGGAAUUCUUUGCUUGAUACCACUUACGUUAAUGUAUAACAGCGUCUUCUUUCAGC